AUGGCUUCUAAUCAUUUAUGCAAUGAUGGGACCACCUACCAAAGAGUGUUUGAAGUGUAUUCUCGCGGGUUUUUUGAGCAACAAAGAAAUUGGAUUGCCAACAUAUUGGUACCAAGGUUUGUGGAUAAAUUGGGCCUAAAGUCUAACAGCUCCAACUUGCGUGUCCUAGCUGUGGGUUCAGGCGUGGGCAGUGCUGAUAUACGCCUUCUGGAUGAAUUAUUUAGUGGAGCCAAAGAUUUUAUGAGUGAGCGAAAGAUCCAAUGGAUUGUGGUUGAACCUGAUGGAAUUGCAAUGAAAACAUUCAAAGACAUAAUCAGCAAAAGAUCAGAAGAUUUCAAAAACAUUGAAUUUGUGUGGAUCAAUAAAAGGUUCGAAGAAUAUAUAGAUGGCAUACAAACAGCGGAUGAACAGUUUGACUUCAUUCACUUUUUCAAUGUCUUGUAUUAUAUGGACCAAGACGUUGUGCUGAAGAAAGCGUAUGAAAGGCUUUUGCAGAAACAGGGGAUGCUCCUUUGUGUUGUUGGAUCUCAAGGAGAUAUAUGGAAAAAUAUGAUUGAGGCAUUUCAAUUUAAAAUAGAUUUGUCUCAUUUCCAGCAACCUACAAAUGUUGAUUUAUGUAAAAUUGCCGAGACAUAUUCAUGGGAUUAUGAGAUGUUUGACGGGAAAUUAGAUUUGGAAAUAACGCAAAUGUUUAUAGAAAACAACCCUGUUGGAAAAGCAAUGUUGCAGUUCUUCUUGCAAACAACAAAUGAUCCCAAAGAAUUGCUCGGAGAAGAACUGUAUGCAGAGUUGAUAAACUUCUUCAAAUCUCAGAGCUGGGAAGUAGUUAACAACGGAUCAAACAUAUUUUUUGUAAAGUGUGACGAAGGGAUUUUGCUUAUAUAUAAGUAA